CUCGAAAUAGAAUUUCAUCAAUUGUCGGCAAGCAGUCAAUAUAUGGAGUAUAUUACUCUUUCACCAUACAGCGUAAAUAGAUAUGUGACUGGAAAUGUCCGUCAGCCGAUGUUCUGUGAUAACUAACGGAACGGAAUUGUGGAUAGUGAACAUAGCAGCACAAGCUCUGGUUUUCUAAACCUUUGGGAAUCGUGUUGAAAUACAAAUAAACACAGUUCACUUGACAGAAUUACAGAUUAUUUUGCUUGUUUGUACAAGUGUUAUCGAUACAAUUUAACGAAAUUGUACAAAAGGAAUAUUUACAAUUGUUGUGAAUGAACUAAAAACUUAUACAUUACACAUCAAAGUAUGUGCAGCUAGCUGACAAUAUCGGAAUUUCAUGAAGUUGAACAAAGAAAAGAGUUGUAUCAUAAGGAAAAUACCACUAAACCUCGCUGUGUAUAGAACAACAAGCGAUUGAACCCAGUGCGAAAACAAAGAAAUACAAACAAACGAUGAAACGUGAGCUCAGGGAAAAUCUGAAACGGAUUAUGUGUAAUAAUAAAACUUUGGUGUAUAAAAAUAAUGUGUAUAAUAUUAAAAUGAAUUCAUUGAAGUGAAAGCGGGUAUAAGAUUUAAUAGACAAUAUAUGCCAUUAUGAAACUGUUUAUAGUAUUAUUUCUGAAAGUAACACAAGUAAUAGAGUUUGAUAUAUGAGAUGUGCAUGUUCAAAAGCAUUCUCGGUAGAGAGUCAUAAGUUAAAUAAAAAGAAAUCGAGUAUUUUUAAAUGCCAAUAAUAUUUGUGUAAACAGGGGUAAAUGGUACAUGAAACAUGGAUACUACAACACAGUUUGAAGACAAUAUGCUGGAUACGUUUGACGUAUCGUCAUCAACAGCGUCGUCGAUUCAAGUUGGUUGGAAUAUAAGGUCGGCACAGGUGCCAUUUGUGCAAGGUUUUAGGGUGCAUUACCAGAAGAUCUCCAGCACGUACGUGCAAUAUGGACCAAGACUGUACCCGACCGAAAACGAAUACGAAAUCGGAAAUUUAGUUGCAGAUACCUAUUACAAAAUAUGUCUUGUUGUGUACAGGAACUACACGCAUUCACCAUAUCGUACAUGCACUGACGCUUCAACAACGAAUUGGCAACUGCCGGUUUCUAUCGGCAGUAGUAUCGGAGCUGUUCUUGCUUUGUCAGUGAUUGUUCUAAUAGUGCUGCUUUCACGUUGUCAAAUUCCUUUAAAAUAUAGAGGGAAAAAAUCAAAGCGAUUGCAAAAAUAUGACACAAUUUCGUCGACAUACCACGACGAUCAAUACGAAUUCAGUGAGACAGUCACUCACGGAAACGAUGAGGAAUAUGUUUCAGAAUUUGACGAUGAAGCGUUCUACGAUGUCUCUUUGCAUGACAACAAACGACCAACGCGGCCGACAGUCGGGGAAAAAGUAUGUGUUCAUAAUGGCCUAUGCAGGGGCCAUAUUCAUUCUCACAGCAGUUCGCACAAUCCUCAAAAGACUUAUUGCGGACGAGCACAGUGUUCCCAGCAACAUCCACAUUCGCGCCAAUUUCGGGCGUACUCAAUCCAAGCAGAUGGCAACGUGUGUUUUUUUAAUCAGCCAUGCUCACCUCUAGCGAAGGAACCGCGGCGAUCAGCGUUUCACAAACAAGACUCAAAAGAUUCGAGAAAAAAAGAAGAACAGGACUCACCACAAAAAGAAUCGUGGACUAUCCCGACAUUAAGUCCAAUGCAAGCCAAGGAUCAUCCGCAAGAGACUAUGGAUACACCGACAGUAAUGCACAAACCUCACUCGGUGCCGCAAACAUCAACGUUUUUGGACGAGGGAACAGAUGUGGCUUUGGAAGAGUCCUCAACAAAAUUGAACACCGAGCCCGAUAAUCAAGCUCCGAAACAGCAGGUGGAGAAGCGCCUACUUAUUACAGACAUUGACUUUGAUGAUACAGAUCUCAGUAAAUACGGGGCAACAGGCGGAACACAUCGAAGGGAUGCUGCAUCGAUGCCGAUAGAAAUGACAAGCAAUGAAAGAAUGAUUGCUCUUCCAGAGAGCGACUCAUUCGACGAACAUACAGUUUAACGCAGUUCAAAGAUUUGUGUUUUAUAUUAUGGUUUGUGUAAGUCUCCUUAAAAAAUACAUAUAGGGAUUUUAUUUAAUUGUAAAAUUGGCAUGCACAACAUUGUAUGAGUAAACAAAUAAUAUUAUCAUCAAGAAGUGUGCUUAAUAAUUUAUUUGAUAAUUUCAGGCACUGCGUACAUUUUGAUUUGCACCAGUUUUAUUGACACAUUUAACCUAUUUAAAAUGAAUUUUAAUUUUAAUAAUAAAGAUUA